CAGGACUCGGAUAAGGCAAGACAUGCGUGGUCGACCAAUGCCUAUCAAAAAGCUUGUGAAAUCUUCACACCGUCGAGGGUCGAAUGGGCAUUGAUUUCUUUUCAACCUUUCAAAUCUGCCGGGAAAGAUGGAAUUUUCCCAGCUUUACUUCAACAUGGAAAAGAGGCGAUUUGUCCGCUCUUAACCGAAAUAUUCAGAGCCAGUAUUACUUUAGCUUACAUACCUAAGGCAUGGCGGAAGGUUCGUGUUGUUUUUAUCCCAAAAGCUGGCAAAUGGGACAAAACAACUCCAAAAGCCUUCAGACCCAUAAGCCUUUCUUGUGUUCUGUAUAGACCAUGGAGAAAAUAGUGGAUGACUUUGUCAAGUCUACCAGCUUAGUAGAAAUGCCUCUAAGCAAAUUUCAAUUUGCUUAUCAAACAGGCAAAUCUACUAUAACAGCGCUACAGUCGCUAGUCGGCAAAAUUGAGAAAUCGUUUCAAGCCAAGGAAAUAGCCGUGGUUGCUUUUCUCGACAUUGAAGGAGCAUUCGAUAACGCAUCCUACAGCUCAAUGCGUUCUGCAAUGGAAGCAAGGGGCUUGGAUAAAUGCAUUAUUGAAUGGAUAAUAUCGAUGCUUAGAGAUCGAGAGAUCUCUUCCGUUCUUGGAGGUGCGCAACUAUCAGUAAGAUCUGUGAAGGGCUGUCCUCAAGGAGGAUUACUAUCGCCCUUACUGUGGUCUUUGGUAGUGGACGAACUCCUUAAAAAACUCAUCAAUCAAGGCUUUGAGGUUAUUGGAUACGCAGAUGAUGUAGCUAUUCUGAUACGUGGAAAAUAUGACGACACGAUAUCUAGCCGGCUACAAUCUGCGAUGAAUGUUACCAUCAAAUGGUGCCGAGAGGAGGGAUUAAACGUAAACCCUUCAAAAACUGUAAUUGUACCUUUUACUAGAAGGUUAAAAAUGAAUCUUACUGAACCUUCUUUAGAUGGAGUUCAAAUUCAGUUCUCAGAAGAAGUUAAACAUCUUGGGGUAACUUUGGACAAAAGACUGAAUUGGAAUUCUCAUUUAAACAAUGUUUUAACCAAGGGUACCACCAAUGCCCUUUGGGUCUGCAGCAAAGCCUUAGGAAAAACCUGGGGUCUUAGACCUAACAUGAUUCAUUGGAUCUAUGCUGCAAUAGUCCGGCCUAAGAUUACUUAUGCUUCACUUCUUUGGUGGCCCAAAACAAAUGAGGUAACCUGUCAAAAGAAGCUAAGUAAGUUACAAAGACUUGCAUGUAUAUCUAUGACAGGAGCAAUGAAAAGCACUCCAUCAGUUGCUUUGGAUGCCCUUCUUAAUUUACUGCCAUUGCAUCAAUUUGUUAAACUACAAGCGGCAAAAAGUGCCCUGCAGUUUAUAGGUUCCAAUAAAGUCCUAGACGGGGAUCUUGUUGGACAUUUGAGGAUCAUCAAAGACUUCAAAUUAAACAUGGACAUAAAAACAGUAGAAGAUUGGAUGAUAACGAAGACCAACUAUGAUGUUCCAUUCAAAGUGGUGAAACCAUGUCGCUAUGUUUGGGAUGCUGGUGGGCCAAGUUUACGUCCAGGUUCUAUUGCAUUUUAUACUGAUGGGUCCAAGAUGGGAGAAAAUACUGGAGCUGGUGUUUUUGGCCCCGGUAUCAGUAAGGCUAUACCAAUGGGAUGUAGUCCCACUGUAUUUCAAGCGGAAGUUCAAGCCAUUCUAGAGUGUGCCAACAUUUGUCUGAAAAGAAAUUAUAGGUUUGCCAAGAUCUGUAUUUUUUCGGACAGUCAGGCGGCUCUAAAUGCGCUAAAAACUUUCACGUGCCAAUCAAAGCUAGUGUGGGAAUGCAUUAUUUCUCUGAAGCAAUUGGCCAGUAGGAACGAGGUAACUUUAUACUGGGUGCCCGGUCAUUGUGGAAUUCUGGGAAAUGAAAACGCCGACAAUUUAGCUAGACAGGGUGCGGCAUCAAGCUUUGUAGGCCCUGAACCUUUCUGUGGAGUUCCUGAGUGUGCUCUUCGGAUGAAACUAAAAACUUGGGAAAUGUCCUCGGUAGAAUCUAAUUGGAAUGCCACGGAUACUUCCAAGCAAGCAAAAAGGUUCAUAAAACCCAGUGCAGAAAAAGCCAGGUCCAUACUGAAUCUAAACAAAAGAGAUCUCAGGGUAAUUACUGGUCUGAUGACUGGCCACUGCCCGAGUAAAUAUCAUCUAAGAAAGAUUGGAAAAAUCCAAUCCUCAAGGUGUCGUUUCUGUCAAACGGAAAACGAAACUGCCGAGCAUUUACUCUGCAACUGCGGAGUGCUGUACCAUCACAGGUUGGCGAUAUUUGGUAAAGGGUUUCUAGAGCCCUUGGAAAUUUGGAGAAGUAAUCCCAACAGGGUAAUAAACUUUAUAAAACGAGUUAUGCCUAGUUGGGAUCAGGUGUUACAUAAACCAUUGUCCAUCACAGCUCUAUUGUGACAGGAUACUUGACUAGCACCAAAUUAAAUAUGGGACCACAAUAUUCCUAAAUAAUGGACGCAGUGGUUAAAAGGCUCUACAGAUGAGGGAAAAAAAUAGAAAAUGGGUCAUAUUACCGCUCUCAUCUUAAAAUUUGGUCGACCCAAUUUCCAGCGACACUGCCGUGAAUUUAUAUUCAUUUUUUAGAUAAUUUGGCAACUUUAAAUUAAGUUUACAUACAAUUUUUUUUGGAGAAGUUUCUUUUAAAUUAUGUUCAACGUUUCUUUGACUUAUUAUCUUUUGAAUGAAGCCUAGGGUUUUGAAAACGGACGCAAAUUGGCGGAGAUAUGGGCCUAAAAAAUGGCAUGUUUUUGAGGGGGUGACCCCAAACUUUUGAUCGGGAGUGUAAAUAUUUCUGUUAUAAAUGUGUACGCAGAGCGAAAGCGGUUUAUUUAUUGUUUGAAACUGUUUGCCUAUCGAUUUGAAUUACCUUAUGACAACUAUGUUGUCGGGUCAUUAAUUGGCUCGGUAGCUUAGUUGGUAAAGCACUUGUCUAGCGAAUAAGGGUCGUGAGUUCAAAUCUCAGCUGAGCUGUGGAUUUUUUCCCCAAUUUAACCAAUAAUUUACCCAUCUACAUAUGUACGUUGAGUUGUUUGAAAUUCAUAAUUGACCGCACGGAUUGGUAUUGCCGAAAAUUUGCACUUUGAGUGAGACAACAAUAAUUUUAAUAAAUAAAUGUAAGAAGAAUGUUCACUAUAGGUGGAUUAAAUCGUUCUUUUUUUAU